AUGGAUCUUCUAUUAGUUUUACCUGGCUUUGCAACAAAACCCUUCGCACAUAUCCUUCCGCCCCUUGAACGAGCGAAAGUCACCACCGUUGACGUGAUUACGCUCGACUCCCUCGAGAUCGCGAAACGUGCCCGUGUACCUCCCGCAGAUGUUCGCCGGCUCUCCUCCUCCAUUGUCGAGGCAUUGCACACCGAUGUUGGCUUCGAAAAGCCCCAGACAAAUACAGGGACCAGUGAUGGACCUGGCUCUAGUAUAAAUCCCGAUGUGGCAAACAGAACAAUCAGCUCGACGAAGCGCGCGUCACAAUGGAACACUAUAAGCACUCUUGACCCCGCGAUGGAUGCACUGCUAGGAGGCGGAAUUCCAACUGGGUAUGUCACAGAAGUUACGGGCGAGAGUGGAAGCGGCAAGACCCAGUUCCUUCUAAGCCUCUGUCUAGCCGUCCAGCUACCCAAACCACAGGGGUUGCUACGGCGUGCCAUAUACAUAUCAACAGAACACCCACUAUCUACGCCACGACUCUCACAACUCCUAGAAUGUCAUCCCGUCCUCUCAACACUCCCCGCUGAGCAGGCGCCCUCGCUACAGGACAUCCUGUCCAUCAACGCCAUGGACCUAGAGACACAAGACCACAUCUUGAAUUUCCAUCUUCCCGUCGCGAUCGAGCGUUAUAACAUCGGCCUGGUCAUCAUCGAUUCAAUAACAUCCAAUUACCGUGCUGAACACACAUCAAGCAGCAUCCAAGCUCUCGCCAAACGAUCCUCCCAGCUCGCAAAACUCGGCCAUCUACUGCGUAAUCUCGCCGUAAAGGAAGACAUCGCCAUCGUACUCGCGAACCAAGUCUCCGACCGUUUCGAAUCUAUAAAAAGCAACGAGCCAACCCCACGGACAGGGUUUCCGUCCAUGCCCAGUCAAACAGCAGAUCAUGGAUCCGGCCCUGUCUCCCCCUUCCUAAAAUCCCGAACUGAACAGUUAGCUACUAGAAAUAGCCAGCAGCCACCAUCCUCUUCCCCUGCUAUCUCCUCAUCACCAUAUCACGCAGCAAACGAUAAAAACUUCGACGGCUCAUACCUGAUCGCCCCUCGGGUACGCAGCAUGUUGAACGUGGCUCACCAGGAGCGCUUCUACUCCGGCUGGGGGGAUGGCGCGUACGCCGAAAGUGGAUCUCUGAAGAACCCGGCGCUGGGAUUCGUCUGGACAACGCAGAUCGCGUGUCGAAUCGCGCUGAAAAAGGAAGAAUCACAUGCUGUGGGUGUUUCAACGGGGGAUAAUUUAUAUCCGGCGUCCACACAGGAAGCAGCCCACCUCAGAAAUGGAGGAAAUGCAGACGCCUAUCGAGACCCGGACUCGAUAGCAAUGCCUGCACCUUAUCUCAAGAACCGAGUCUCUGACUCGCAGAACCAACAGCCUACUUCGGGUUCGGAAUCCAUUACUCGGAGGACCAUGAAACUUGUGUUCGCGCCGUGGACGGCCGGCCCGAAGGAUACACCACGAAAUGGCCAAUCAAGUAGACGAAGUGGCGAGGUAGAGUUUGAAAUUUGGAAGGGUGGUUUGAGAAGUACGAGUCCUGGUGAAUGA